GCCGAGACCAAGCCGCGAAUCGCGCAUGCGCGAGGCCUUGCUUCUCUCACCCUGGUGGACUAGCACUGGGACGUACCGGUGGUGAGGGCGUCUAAAGCGGGAGCGCGCAUGCGCUUUCCGCCCGCUCCCCCGCCGCCGUCUCCCCCCCACCACCACCUGGAAGCGGAAUGAGCAGGAGGAAGGUCGCCCUGCUGCCUUCGGGGUCCUCUGAGGGCAUCACCAAGGUGUGAAAAAUGGAUUCUCUGGAUCAUAUGCUCACUGACCCAUUAGAGCUGGGACCAUCUGGAGAAGGAAAUGGCACACAAAUUAUGGAAGAUUGCAUGCUGGGAUCCAUACGAAUUAGCCUGCCAGAAGACCUCCUAGAAGAUUCUGAAAUCUUUUUUGAAGUCAUCAGUCUUUCAACAUGGCAGGAGGUGCUGAUGGAUUCUCAGCGAGAACACCUGAAAAAGUUUCUGCCCCACUUUCCAGAAAGCAACACAGAACACCAGAAUAAUCUGAUUGUGUCCCUGUUCAGUGGUGAGAACUUCCGCUUUGGGAACCCCCUGCACAUCGCCCAGAAGCUCUUCCGGGAUGGACACUUCAACCCUGAAGUGGUGAAAUAUCGGCAGCUUUGCUUUAAGUCCCAGUACAAGCGCUACCUGAGUUCCCAGCAGCAGUACUUCUACCGGUUGUUGAAACAGAUUCUUGCCUCUCGGAAUCAUCUCUUAGAGCUCGCUCGGAAAGGUGGCCCAGACCUGGCCCUGAAGAGAAAAUAUUCAGCAGCUGCCUGUGUGGCUGAGGAACGGGACAGACGAACUCAUCGGCGGUACCUGAAAAUCCUCAGAGAGGUGAAAGAAGAAUGUGGGGACACGACCUUAUCCUCUGAUGAAGAAGAUCUAAGCUCCUGGAUUCCAAAUUCUCCAGCUCAUUGCCCAAAUCCCGCUGUUCCCCUCAGAGUGCUCCCCACACUGUCAACCCAAGAUAUGAAAUCAGCAGAUAAACUGGAGUUUGGUGAGAACGACCUAAAAACGAUGGUGAAGAAACAUCAUGAAAAACGCAAACGCCAACCUAACCAUCCUGAUUUAAUGACGGGGGACCUGACGCUGAAUGACAUCAUGAUGCGUGUGAAUGCUGGCAGAAAGGGGUCCUUGGCAGCCUUGUUUGACCUUGCUGUCCUCAAAAAGAAGGUGAAAGAAAAGGAAGAGAAAAAGAAAAAGAAGUUGAAGGUGAUUAAAUCAGAAGCGGAAGAUUUGUCAGAGUCCCUUGGCAACCCUGAAGGGAUGCCACCAAUGUCUCAGGAUCCAUCCCCCAUUCCACUUUCUGUUAAAGAAGAGCCUCUUGAAGACAUCAAACCAUGUCUUGGAGUAAAUGAAAUCUCUUCCAGCUUCUUUUCUCUUCUUCUGGAGAUCCUGCUCUUGGAAGGGCCUGCUAGUCUCUCAGUACUUGAAGAUAAAGUCAUGGAUUGGCAAUCAUCCCCUGCCAGCACAUUGAACAGCUGGUUCUCCUCUGCCCCCAACUGGUCGGAACUCGUUCUACCUGCCCUGCAGUAUCUCACAGGUGACAGCAGAGAUGCACCUUCCAGUUUUUCUCCAUUUGUUGAAUUUAAAGAAAAAAUUCAGCAGUGGAAACUUAUAGGCUCUUCACAAGACCAUGAGAGGGAGUUGGCAGCCCUUUUCCAGCUCUGGUUGGAAACCAAAGACCAAGCAUUUUUCAAGGACAAUGAAGACAGCUCAGACGCCACCACACCUGUUCCUAGAGUAAGGACUGACUACGUAGUCCGGCCUAGUACUGGGGAAGAGAAGCAUGUCUUCCAGGAACAGGAGCAUUACCGAUACAGCCAGCCCCACAAGGCCUUUACAUUCCGCAUGCAUGGCUUUGAUUCAGUGGUGGGCCCUGUGAAAGGUGUCUUUGACAAAGAAACUUCUCUGAACAAAGUCCGAGAACAUUCUCUGUUGCGAUCAGACAGGCCUCCAUAUGUCACCAUCUUGUCCCUUGUUCGAGACGCUGCAGCCCGUCUUCCAAAUGGAGAGGGAACCCGUGCAGAGAUCUGCGAAUUGCUCAAAGACUCGCAGUUCUUGGCUCCUGAUGUCACCAGUGCUCAGGUUAACACGGUUGUGAGUGGUGCACUUGAUCGGCUGCACUACGAGAAGGAUCCCUGCGUGAAAUACGACAUUGGGCGCAAGCUGUGGAUAUAUCUGCAUCGAGACAGGAGCGAAGAGGAAUUUGAGCGGAUUCAUCAGGCCCAGGCUGCUGCAGCAAAAGCCAAAAAAGCCCUUCAGCAGAAAUCAAAACCUCCUGCAAAGAUAAAAUCCAGUAACAAGGAGAGUUCGGUGAAAGUGGCCACUGGGGGCACCUCAGAGCCGAGCCAGCUUAGCCUCAGCGACUCCAGCAUGCCGCCGACCCCGGUGACUCCGGUGACUCCUACCGCCCCGCCGCUGCCUGCAAUUCCCAUUUCCCCACCACCCAUCUCUGUGGUUAGCAAGACUUUGCCAGCUGUUGCCCCAGAGCAAGCAAAACCCAACCAAAGCAUCCUUCUGGUAUCUUCUCCCACCAUGCCACAGCUCGGGACGCUGCUCUCCACAGCACAGAGUACCCAGGCACAGACGGGACCUCAGCAAGCCCCCUCUCGGGCAGCAAGCCACACAGCCUCCUCGGGACUCCCGCAGGUCCGGGUGGUCACGGCACAGCCUAGUCUCCCGCCUGUGUCUCAGCCACCCCCAACAGUAACGCAGCCCCCACCGCCUGUGCCCCAGAUCCGCAUCCCUGCCACUUCUGCCCAAUCCAAAGUCCUCCCUCAGGCUGUUAUGACUGUCCCAGUGAAAGCUCAAUCCAGCCAGGUACAGAGGCCAGCAGUUUCGGUUACAGGACCAGCUGGUGUUGCUGGGACAGGAAUCUCCACAACCCCCAGUCCUGCCCCAAAGCCAGUGACCAGUUCUCCGGGCACUUCUGUGCCCAGUUCCAGCAAUACGUUGUCGUCGUCUUCCUCCUCCUCCUCCUCUUCAUCCGCUGCUGUCAUCCAGAACGUCGCUGGCCAGAAUAUCAUCAAGCAGGUGGCCAUUACAGGGCAGCUGGGCAUGAAAAGCCAGCCUGGGAGCAGCAUUCCACUUGCCGCCUCCAAUUUCCGCAUCCAAGGCAAAGAUGUGCUGCGCCUGCCUCCCUCCUCCAUCACCACUGAUGCCAAGGGCCAGACUGUCCUCCGCAUCACCCCCGACAUGAUGGCGACCCUGGCCAAGUCCCAGGUGACCACCGUCAAGCUCACCCAGGACCUCUUCACCGCAGCUGCCGGGAGCUCUUCGGCCGGGAAGGGCAUAUCCGCCACGCUGCACGUGACGUCCAGCUCCAUCCAGUCUUCCGACUCCCCAGCCAAGACCAGCACGCCUGCCUCCGCUUCGCCGAGCCCAGCUGGGCCCACAGUGGUCAAGGUCACCCCUGAUUUAAAGACUGUCGAAUCGACCAGCUCAGCAUUCAGGCUGAUGCCUGCUCUGGGCGUGACCAUGGCGGACCAGAAGGGCAAAGCGAUCACUACGGUGGCCUCCACGGAAGCCAAGCCAGCUGCCACCAUAAGAAUUGUGCAGGGAAUGGGGGUGAUGCCGCCCAAAGCUGGGCAGACCAUUACAGUCGCCACUCAUGCCAAGCAGAUGCCCUCUUCCACCUCGGUGAGCCUGCCUGGCACAGUCCAUACCUCCACGGUCUCUUUGCCAACCAUGACUGCGUCGGUAUCCAAGGCGGUUGCCGUUGUUUCGGGAGCCGCUGGGACGCCCAUAACUCUGGGGACAGGAGCCACAACCAUGCGGCAGGUUCCAGUGAGCACCACUGUCGUCUCUACCUCGCAGGCAGGGAAGUUGCCAGCCCGAAUCACAGUACCCCUCUCUGUCAUAAGCCAGCCUGUGAAAGGCAAGAAUGUGGUGACUGCCCCCAUCAUUAAGGGCAAUCUUGGGGCCAACAUCAGUGGACUGGGUAGAAAUAUCAUCCUCACCACGAUGCCCGCCGGGACAAAAUUGAUUGCCGGGAACAAGCCAGUGAGCUUCCUGACUGCACAGCAACUACAACAGCUGCAGCAGCAAGGCCAGGCCACACAGGUGCGAAUUCAGACAGUCCCAGCUUCCCAUCUCCAGCAAGGAACAGUAUCUGGCUCUGCAAAAGCAGUCUCGACCGUUGUUGUGACAGCAGCACCGUCUCCCAAACAGACACAAGAUCAGCAGUAAAUUGAGCUGCCGAACAUUAAUUUUUCUAGAGUUACUUUAGCCCUCUUAUCCCACUUCCACCCAUCUAGGGUUUGCUAGAGUCACACUCAGCCCUCUGUGAGUUCGUCCCUGAUAUAUUGGGAAGCGGAAACGCGUCAUCGGAAACGCGUGCUCCUUAGCUGGAUUUGGAAUAAGCAGCAAUCCAAAGACAAGCACUUGCAGAAUGCUGUUUUUUAAAGACCUUAAUGUCUUCACGUUGCAGGAGCAACAAGCAGAGGUUUUUCUGUUCUCUUUGAAAUUUUAGCCUAAUUGGCCAUACAGUUCUCAGUCCGUUAUCAGUGCUGGGCUGUGAGUUUGAAUUUCAGCAAAGUUUGCUGAAGAAGAACUAAGAGGAUUUUGGAGAAACUGGGCAAGCUCUGUUGUUCUUGGACUUCAAUUUUACUGUUUUCACAAUGAUUCUAGUAGACAUGCUGAUACUGGAUUUUAAACAUUUGCUGCAUAAGCUCUUGUCUGUUUCUUUUUCAUGUAUUUUAUAAUUUUAGUUGUUUUUAACUAAGAUGCUUACGACUGUCCUUCUCUCCGCCCCUGUCCCCAAAUCAGCUGUAUCCGCUCCAAACUUGACAUUUUCCAUAAGGCAGCAUACAAAUUACCUUGCAUGAAAAGUUCAUUCAAGGAAAGGCUGUGGAUUUGCAUCUACGUUUCACGACGUGUGUGAGCUGUUGGGGAAGAAGAGCAAAAGAGCAACCUUUAGGGAUGUUGUCUCCUUCAAACGUCAGCAAGCCUUAUGUUGCUCACCAGGCUCAGAUCUCACCAAGUCAUUUUAACGGAUGUUGAUUGCAACUCUUGUUUUUACUUCUUCCGCGGUUCUUUAGCAGAAACUCACAAAGACGUGAACAGAUCUCUGCCUUAAAACGCACAUAAAAACUUUUGGAUUCCAGUACAGCUGGGUGGCUUGCAAAAGUGAAAAGAACCCCUAGCACAGAAGUGGAGAUCCAGAAGAUCCUGUAUCUCUACUUCCUUCGUUUUAUUGUAGCAGGAAUGGAGUUGCCUAUACUGUAAUGUAUGAUAUUUAUUGUCUAACCCAAUAAUGGACUGUGCUUCUGUAUUUGUAAAGACUUCUCUCUCUUCUCUCCCCUGCCCUCCCCACAUCAUACCUGUUUUGUUCUUUAAAUCAGUUACCUGUCCUGGAAUAUAUUCUAAUUAAAAAUCAGCUACUUC